CGUCGGUCUGACCGACGCUGAUAGUGCCGCUGCUUGCUCUGGAUAUGCACGAUCUCGAACUGCCCAAAAUCUGUCAACAACCGAGCCCUUCAUCAUGGGCAUGGAAACAAAACACAGGUCACAGAGCGGACAGGAAACAGAAGCAGGGAAGCCCGUCCGGAGUCCGAACACCAAAAGCAGACACCGAAAGCAGCGGUCUCACCUCAGCCAGCGCACGAGGCAGAGUCAAAAUGAUCUGACCCAUCUGAAACUACUGUCAAGUCAGCCGAAGCCUCCUGAAUUGCGAAGAAAGCCUUGUGGUAACACACCUCGACCACAUAGUUCUCUUCUCCGAACAGCCUCGUGAGCUCCACGUUGAGGGCUCCAAGGUCAUUGUAGCGCAAGUGAAUCACUUGCUGGACAGUCAUUGCGUUUUAGUGGCUGAAGGCCGAACUCCAAAAGCCAUCGAAGACCUCGACUCGCAACUCUGGAGGUUAUCCGACACCGCAAAACAAGUCAUGGACGAACCGGCGCUGCAGAUAAAGCCGAUACAUGAUGAGCUGGAAGAGAUAUACGAUAUUGCUCUGGAGCUCGAGGCGACCGUCGAGAAGAUGAGAAAGCUGCAGACGAGGAGUCGUGCCUUUCAGAUCGUACACGCACUGGUCUUGGGACAACGGGACGAGUCUGAGGUCCGAGAUGUCGUCGGCCGCCUCCGAGACGCGCAAGAUACACUAGGCUACCGCAUCAGCGUGGCACACGUCGGGUCCACGACCGGCGUGGCUAGGUGGUCAACAGAAUCGAGGCGGGAGUUGAGAGCAUACGGAAAGACAUCGAGAGCCAAGAAGAUAUUCCGCAGCUCGAAAUCAACAACAACAUUGCAGAGGGGGCCAAACAAGAGAACUCAAUCGAAGUCUGGGAAGGCCUGGGUUUGCCGACGGCAUGGAUCAAGGACAACCAGGCGUGGAAUGGAAGUUGGCAGAGGAACGUCAUCUCCAUUGGAGGCAAAGCAGUUCGCUGUGCCGGCUGAGCUGCAAGCUACCUGUGUACGGUGUGCAUCCUGCUCCAGGCCGGGCCGGCUACGCCAUGAAUACACCCGUGCGCAACACACUCCGCCUUCCCUACUGCGCGACCGCACACGGCCAUGUAGCGGUCCUAUCGGUGGGGGCUGUCUUGAGUGGGUCUGGAGUAUCAUGCUUGCAUUCUCUGUACGUAUUGUUAGUAGAUGUUUAGCAUGUAAGUAGAUAUGACUUUAACCCUCCUGCAGGUGAGAGUAUAUUCCACACACCGGCUUUCUGGUUACUACGGUUCUUACCAAUCUCGUCAGUCU